UACUUUUUUUUAGGUCAUUAUAUAACCGAGUACUCUAGGGCGUAACUACAAAUUUACCAAAGUAAAAUCAUUUUAAACAAAUUUUAAAACUAGCUUUUUACAGUAAAAUGUUAUUCAAUUCUACAAUUUUAUUUACAUGUACUUUAUUUGUUAGCUGUUUUAACUCAGAUGAAGAAGAUCAAGCCAUAUCAGAUGCUUUCAGCUACGCGAAGUUUAAAUACGCAAGCAACGACGAUGUUACGAGUAUUUCUUUAAGUGAUUUUUUAGAAUUUCUAGGCUCUCUCGAUAAAGCUAUUGUUAACUAUUACUUCGAAGAAAAUCAAAUCGCACAGAGUCAACAAGAAAACAUAAAUGAAGAACUAUUUGUAGCUCUAAUGAAGAGAAUCAGUAGAAAACGUGGAGUUAAUGCAAAAAAAUUAGCUGAUAAAACGAUAAGAGCAUUUUUGCCUACAAUCAUAUUAUUUUAA